AUGUACUUUGGCAGGUUGAUGAACAAUUGGGCCAACACCUUUGGCUUUGACGAUGGACCAGAUGAAGAAGAUGAUACCCGCAAUUGGGACGCAGAUAGCUUUGGCCGGAACCAGAUGGCAGGAAGGGAGAUGAACCAAAAGAGGAAGAAACACAUGAAAUCCUUGGUGUCAAUACCAGCACUCGCAGCGGAGCAUGACCUUGACACAACUUCCUCCAAUACUCGCCUGGACACCGUACCAGAUACACGCCAUGGCACCUCGAUUGAACGUGCACCACAAGCUACCCCAGAUUCCAAAGCUAGUACGUGCGACAACGGGGAACGUAAUGUGGUGAAUUGCACCAGGGCGGGCAUUGAGGACGAUGAAAGUCUGCCACCCAGCUAUACGGCGAAGACGCAAGUCGUCGUUCUAACAGAGUGUGAGUGGGAGAUAGACGACCCCCAAAAAUGUUUACUCACGUUCAAAAACAAUUCAGUGUUGGACAACCCUGGGGGAUGGUCCACUUCAAGCUUGGGAUGGAGGAGGGAGAAAAGGAAGAGGGAGGAGAUCGAUUCGAGAAGACCGAUGGAGGGUUCUGAUCUGUGGGGUGUGUCUUUAUAUCCAUCCUUCACAGCGGGUGCUUUCUCCCUCUUGCAUUGUUUCGACGAUCCCUUGGCCGUAUCGCCAACCUCAAUGCCGAACGCUGGACAUGAAAACAACGAGAUUUACGGAUUGAUUUCAAAAGCUGAGUUGAAAAGAGAUCACACCGCACGAUGCCGGGCGGUCGAGUGCAACAGAGAUUGGUAUCGCAGUGAGUUGGGAGGUCACUGUGUGCUCCUUGAGUCGGCUAGACGAGCAGAGAGCUACUACAGAACAUUGAAAGAAAGGACUGCUGUAAUAAUAUCAGACAUUCUGGUACGCGAGAUCUGCGACUGUCUUCUGGGUCAAGUAGCUAGAGCUACGCGAAAUGGACCGGUGAUUUGGACGAAAUCCCUCCGACUGGUUGGCUUGCUCGAUAUCAUUUGUUCGCAGUCGUCCCUGGUUCCAUAG